AUGAAUGCCUUAGAUCUCGAUGCGGUCUUGGAAGCUCUGCACCAGAACUUAUCUGUGUCAUCUAACACGAGCACAACGGCAACCUUGCUUGGGGGGUUAUUACCGACCACUCUCCUCGAAAAUCUCAUCCCUGGAUAUGGCUACAUUCACAAGAUCGUCUUACAAACCGUUGGUUUUGACAUCACACUUCUUGUUUCUCUAUGGGCUGCUUUGUGGUUGGGAAAUAAGGCUUUCGAUGCAUUGUGGGCGUUUGGAUGGACAUUCGUGAGGUUACAUUGGAUGUCUGACAUCUCUAUUGGCAGUAGAGAUGAGAUUCACGACGAAGUUAUAGAAUUCCUAGCGCACAAGUAUCAAAUGAAGCCUUCUCGCUCGCUCCAGGCAGAAACAACACGACGGGGAUAUUGGGACCUGGAUAACGAGGAUGCGGUUACCUUAACACAGCUCGACGGAACUGGUACCAUACAAUGGCUCAAUUUUGCCGACCAAGACUCCAAGACUCAACCUCAGUUCACGCCAUCUAUAGGAGGUAGUCAUGAAUUUUGGCACAAUGGGAGAUACUUUCGAGUUAAACGUUCGAAGGAAAUGGUUUUCUCAUCUUCUACGUAUGACAACAAUCCAGUGUCCGAUCAACAAACACUUCUCAUCUCUUGCUACGGUCGUACCACAGCACCUAUCAAAACAUUUCUCCAGGAUGCCAAAGAUUAUUCGAAUAGAAACCACAGUGCAAAGACGGUCAUCCGUCGACCGGCAAACAAGGAACGUCGAACGUGGGGGGGUCGAAGUGCUUGGACUGAGGUAGCUAGAAGACCAUGUCGUCCAAUGAGAACAGUGGUUUUGGACGAGGAUAUGAAGAGUAAUGUUUUACUUGACAUUAACGAAUAUUUGAAUCCCUCAACCGCUCGCUGGUACGCCAUUCGCGGUAUUCCUUAUCGUAGAGGUUACCUCUUUCAUGGGCCUCCGGGAACUGGCAAAACUUCGUUAACAUUUGCUCUCGCGGGUGUUUUCGGGCUAAACAUCUAUGUUGUCAGUCUACUAGAACCUACGCUCACCGAAGAAGAACUCGGCAAUCUCUUCACCAACUUACCGCCUAGGUGCAUUGUAUUAUUGGAGGAUAUCGACACUGCAGGCUUAACACGAGUUGAAAAGAAAGACGAGUCGUCGGAUGAAUCCAGCUCCGACAGUAGCAGCAGUAGCAGCGAGGAUGAAGCGGCCACCAAAAAAUCACGCAGAAAGAGCAAGGGCAAAAGCAAGGGCAAGGGCAAAAGUGGUAAGAGUAAGCACGGCAAAAGCAGGAAAAGUAAAAAAGAUGAUGACGAAAAGAAAGGAAUUUCACUAUCUGGUCUACUAAACAUCAUCGACGGUGUAGCGUCACAUGAAGGUCGCGUCUUAGUAAUGACGACAAACCAUCCCGAAAAGCUAGAUGAAGCUCUUAUCCGACCCGGCCGCGUGGAUCAUCAAGUCGCAUUCACGAACGCCACUCGUCAUCAAAUCCAAGAGAUCUUCGAGAGAAUGUACUCCAAAGACCCACCGCGCGAGAAACUCAUCGCUACCACAUCACCAGCUACAUCACCCGUUACUAAAAUGCAACUCCCCAUCAAAGAAGAAGAAACUCCUCUCCUCACCCCAAGCCCAGAAUCUACGACCCAAGAAGUUGAGAGCAGUCACGCAAAUCCGAACUCAAAUCCGAUUUUGGAAAAACGUCCUUUGACGCCACCGGAUACUCCAAUCACCGUCGAAACCGAAACCGAAGCCAUUGCAUCGACCAAAAAGAAAACUCUCACAAUAGCUGAUAUUGAGAAAAAUGGAGAGGAGGAAAAAUUGGCAGAAGGGGAAUUAUCGAUCCUAGCGAAGCAAUUCUCGGAGUAUAUUGAGGAUUUCAAGUUUAGUCCAGCAGAGGUUCAAGGGUUCUUGUUGACCAGGAAGAAAUCGCCUAGGAAGGCAGUGAGUGAGAUUGGUGCUUGGGUUGCUAUUACUAAGAAGAGAAAGGGAAAGGGAAAGGGAAAGGGAAAGGGAAAGGGAAAGGGAAAGGGAAAGGGAAAGGGAAAGGGAAAGAGAAAGGGAAAGGGAAAGGGAAAGGGAACGGGAAAGGGAAUUGGAAUUGGAUAUGGAAGUGGAAGGGGAAAUGGAUAG